AGUUCGAAUUAUUUUUUUCAGAAAAAUGUCCCAAGAAAAUCAUAAGAAACGAAAAAUGAAUAUGUCGAAAGCCUCUCGAGGCAUUUGGCUAGUAAAGGUGCCAAACUACGUGGCCAAACUAUGGGAUAAAUCCCCCUCCGACAUGCAGGUGGCCACAUUGCGUAUGGAGAAUUCCAUGGAUGCCAUAGAACCGGCCAAAGUGAAGCUGUUACUAAGCGAUCAAGUAAUUAAUCUGGACCCAGAAAAAAUGAUUACCAGCGAGCACGAGCUGAAACUAUCGAAAUCGGCCAGGGCUACCCAACGGACGUGUAUUUUUUCAACGGUCGAUGAUGAGGAGCCGGCCAUGGAGGGCUGGAUUACCCACAAAAUGGAGUGCCAUCCCGUAUGUAACUCCCAGUACUUUAUGAUGAAACAGCAGUCCUUACGUGACAUUAAACAACAACGUAUCGCGGAGCCGCUAAAUAAUAUUGUGAAGAACUUCAAACCUGUCAGCAGCCACAUUCACAAUCGGGAGGAGGCCAAGCGGAAGAAAGAGGCUGGCUCAAGAACUCUCAGCAAGGAGGCAAUCAUGGAAUUGCUGUUCCAGGCCUUUGAGAAGCAUCAAUAUUAUUCUUUGAAGGAUCUGGCAUUCAUUACCAAACAGUCCGUGUUUGUGUUGAAGACAAUACUGAAGGACAUUGGCGACUACAGCAAGAAUCCAGCCCAUAAGCAAAUGUGGGAACUGAAGAAGGAAUAUCGUCACUAUCAAAUGACCGACUCUGAAAAGUAACCAUCCAACAUGAUAAGUUAUUAUUAAAAUAAUUACUAUUAUGACACCGCAAAAAA